GGUCUGCAUUGACACCGGCCAUCCAGCACAGAGCAGCCUCGACUGCCGUAUUCAGACAUCCCAGCUCUCCCAGUUCCUGCUUCCGCCGCAGCCUUUCCUCUCACUUUUCUGGAGCAACAAAUCUCGGCUGCUGCUGCGACGGACACAGCCCCGGUCGGAUGCUGCUGGAAGCCGGUGUACCAUGCCGAGGACAAAAAUCGAAUAAACGUGUCCUGUGGGACAGGAAGGAAAGAGCAAGACGGUGUGGGACAAGCUGGUCAACAAGGAGCUGGGUGGAGGGGAGAGGACACCAGUCGGGCCGUCAAAACACAGAUUUCUGAGCAUGCUAGCCAUGCUUUAGCACACACAGGAGAGUCUGGUUGAUCGCUGGAGAGACACCCACUUUCCCUCCACACUCCUGAGCCACAAACGCACGCAUCUCCCUCUCAUCUGUCAUUUACUGAAGACCAUCCCUGCAAAGAUGCGGAUGCCAAGGUUGGCCCUGUGGCACUUGUGGUGACGGGGCACAGAGUGUGUGUGUGUGUGUGCACAUCCGGCAGGCAGGCCGGCGGGUCGGUGGGUGUACAGGCACACCAAGAGGCAUUUUGGGUGGGCGAGGUUGAACCAUGCGGCCCUGGGCGGGUUCAUGGCGUUGGAUUACCCUGGUGCUGUUGGCCUGGGGCACGCUCCUCUUCUACAUCGGAGGUCACUUAGUGAGAGACAGCGAGCACCCGGAGCGGUCCAGCCGGGAGCUCUCCAAGAUCCUGGCCAAGCUAGAGCGGCUCAAGCAGCAGAAUGAAGACCUGCGGCGCAUGGCCGAAUCGCUCAGGAUACCAGAGGGUCAGGCAGAAGCCGGGUCCCUGGCUGCAGGGAGGCUGCGCUCCCUGGAGGACCAGUUAACCAGAGCCACAAAGAAGAUCCAGAGCCUCCAGAAACUCACUGGAGAUGGCCCUGGGCCCACUCAGGAGGAGCUGCGGAGGAAGGUGGAGAACGGCGUUAAGGAGUUCUGGUAUUUUGUCCGCAGCGAGGUGAAGAAAUUGUCCAACGUCGAGCCCAGCGAGAGGCAGAAGUAUGCCGACACGCUCCUGCAGGACCUGGGACACCAGGAGAGGUCCAUCAUGACAGACUUGUACUACCUCAGCCAGGCGGACGGAGUGGGCGAGUGGAGAAUGAAGGAAGCUAAAGACCUGUCGGAUCUGGUCCAGAAUAGAAUCACCUACCUACAGAACCCCCCAGACUGCAGUAAGGCGAGGAAGCUGGUGUGUAACAUCAAUAAGGGCUGUGGUUAUGGCUGCCAGCUCCACCACGUCGUCUACUGCUUCAUGAUCGCUUAUGGCACCCAGCGCACGCUCAUCCUGGAGUCUCACAACUGGCGCUACGCCCCCGGAGGCUGGGAGACCGUCUUCCUGCCCGUCAGCAACACCUGCACCGACCGCUCUGGAGCCACCACCGGACACUGGUCAGGAGAGGCCCAUGAUAAGGACGUCCAGGUUGUGGAGUUGCCUAUCGUGGACAGUCUCCACCCUCGGCCCCCCUACCUGCCCCUGGCGAUCCCUGAGGACCUGGCCCCACGCCUGCAUCGUCUGCACGGCGACCCCUCCGUCUGGUGGGUGUCCCAGUUCGUCAAGUACCUGGUGCGCCCGCAGGCGUGGCUGGAGAAGGAGAUCCAGCAGAGCACCGCCAAGCUGGGCUUUAAACACCCCAUCAUCGGAGUCCACGUGAGGAGGACAGAUAAAGUUGGGACGGAGGCGGCCUUCCACCCCAUCGAGGAGUACAUGCUGCAUGUGGAGGAGCAGUUCCAACAUCUGGCCAGACGUGUCCACGUGGACAAGAAACGAGUUUACCUGGCCACUGACGAUCCCUCCCUGCUGCAGGAAGCCAAAACCAAGUAUCCAGACUACGAGUUCAUCAGUGAUAACUCCAUCUCGUGGUCGGCAGGCCUUCACAACCGCUACACCGAGAACUCGCUGAGAGGCGUCAUCCUGGACAUCCACUUCCUGUCUCAGACUGACUUCCUGGUCUGCACCUUCUCCUCGCAGGUUUGCCGUGUGGCCUAUGAGAUCAUGCAGAUGCUGCAUCCAGACGCCUCCUCUUUCUUCUACUCCCUGGAUGACAUCUACUACUUUGGAGGACAAAACGCCCACAACCAGAUCGCCAUCUACCCCCACCAGCCGCGCAACAGCGAGGACGUUCCCCUGGAGCCCGGCGACGUGAUCGGCGUAGCCGGCAACCACUGGAACGGAUACUCCAAAGGCGUCAACCGCAGACUGGGCCGCACCGGCCUCUACCCUUCCUACAAGGUCAAAGAGAAAAUAGAGACCGUGAAGUACCCGACGUACCCCGAGGCAGACAAAAUGCUCAACUCUCAAAAGAAGUAAAGGAGGAAAUGAAAAAAAAAAAGAAAAAAAGACGAGGAGGAGUGAGGAGAAACACGCAGACUCCGAUUCCAGGGAAGGAGGCUGCUUUUGUACAGAAGAGAGAGGCGUACUCAGUGCGCUAAGCUGAGAAGAAAAGAAGAAGCCUGUACCCAGGGGUGAUAGGAAUGAGAAUGCACUCUGUGUGUUUAUGUGAGAGAGAGAGUGUGUGUGUGUGUGUGUGUGUGUGUGUGUGUAUGUGCGUGUGUGUGUGUGCACACUUGUGUAAAUGCCUGUGCAUAUGUCAGGUCAUGGAAGACUUGCACCCUACCACCACUCCCCCGCCCGACGCUCUGACAUUGGGUCUGUAGAGACGUAGACGUUGAACAUUGAUUUUAAAUAAAGCAAGAAAACAAUUAAAAUCCACACAACUGACCAAGCUCGCUCUCCAGAGACAAGACUGGGACUACUGUAAGACUGGACCCCCAGAGUUAGCUUCGAAUCAAUGAGGAAAAAAAAAUAUGACAAACUGGAAAAGGUGUUUUGAUUUUUAUUUAAUUCUUUUCAGUGGUUUUUGAUUCUAAUAUUGCCUUUUUUCCUCCCUUUUUCUCCUGUUUUUUUUUUGUUGACUGAAUGUACUGUAUCCUCUUGCCAUGCUCACUGCUGCCCCCCCUCCCCACCACCACCGCCACCUCCUCCUCCUCCUUUUCCUCCACUCACUGUGCUUCCACCAUCUCGUCUUUACAUGUGCAAUUAAUUUUAAAAUACCAUACUGUGCUUUUAAAUGAGUGUUUUUAAAGGUCUUAAUUUUGUGUGCAAGGGGCUCGUGCAUUGUAUACUGUACAGUGUGUGUGUGCGUGUGUGGAGGGAUGCGUGCGUGUGCGUGUGUGUGUGUGUGAUCGAGCGUGUGCGUGCUGUUUAAGUCUAAGGGGCCAUGUCACGACCUGGUGCCUGGCUCUUGGUGAGCGGUGCGUGUUUUUAUUUCCGGCUUUCCUCCCGACUGAGUAGUGUUUGUGUGGCCGGCGGGAGACUGGCGGCGACCGUGGGGGCUGUCCACAGCCCCCAGCACUUGGAACAAUGGUGAACUCCAGUCAUUCCGCUGGUGACCUCUAGUGAACAAUGGUAAGAUUAUGUGGAGUAUGGUGAACUCAUGGUGCACGCACACACCACAGACACAGGAGCCGUCCCGAGGCUCACCAAAAGAAGCACUCCACCGAGAAUAAUGUCCUUUUUCGGCAUCUCUGCAGUCUCUUCUGUCCAUCUGUUUGUUUGUUUUUUUACUUUUAACAUCGCUGUUUUAAAAUAAAUGAGGAAAAAUAUGCCUAUGUUUAAAAAUGAUAAUGCUAUAUCAAACUCAGAGUCCCCAUCAUG